AUGAAGCCCACACAAGCUCUCCUGAAGCGGGUUGCACGACACGCACUAUCUACGAAGCAGGCCAAUAAAGGAUUCUAUAAGGGGACGGGAUCUGGCUCGACCGGUCGCCAUACUCAACAUGGAGGGUACAUUAUAGAAUGGCAUAAGGUUAGGACAUAUGUUGUGCCGAAAAACCUCAAAGACUUCAAGCUCACGCCGUUCGUCACGAGGAAGAUAAAACCCACCAGAGGUCGAUUUGAAGGGGACCCGAAAGGCGCACUGAGUGGAGAGGCAUAUCUGUCGCGGUGGAAAGUUGAAAAUGGAGAGGAUUGA